UUUCUUUACACUAUUGGGUUUCUUCUUUAACGCUUUAUUUCCAUCUUUAUCUUUGUGUUGUUGUAAAAGCUGUAAAGCGCGUUCAUUAAUGCGAGUCCUCUGAGGCGAAGCCUUAAAGACUCAAGAGUCCUUUUGUUUAUGUUUUAUUCUUCAAAGAAGCUUCUACUUACCUCACACUUGCCGCCUUUAUCAAAACCUCCCCUCUAUAGAUAUUCUGCUUUUUGUACCUCAUUUUGAUUUCUUCAUCACAAGGCAACGCAAUAAUAUUUUUCUAUUGCGAGUAAGCUACAACAGACAAAAUUAAAGAAAUGAGUUACUACGAUCAGCAUCAGCAGCCUCCGGUUGGGGUACCUCCUCCUCAAGGGUAUCCGCCAAAAGAUGCAUACCCUCCACCAGGGUACCCAGUUGAAGGGUAUCCGCAGGGGGGUUACGCUCCUCAAGCUUAUCCUCCUCAGUACGCUCAGCAGCCUCCUCGCCAAGAGACUGGUUUUCUUGAAGGAUGUUUAGCGGCGCUGUGUUGCUGUUGCCUUCUGGACGCAUGCUUUUGAGGAGAACCUUCACCAAUUCAACGGUGCUUUGAUUGUUCAUUGUUUACAACUCUUGGAUUGGAGCAUCUCUGUUAUAUGUUCAUGCUUUAGAUGGGAAUUGUUUAAUUAGUAACACCAAAAGGUUCCAUGUGACUUUGUUUUAAUUAUAAAUUAAUUUCCCAAUUGAAAAGAGCA